GGGGGCGCCGCCCGCGCUCGCCGCCGAGCCUUUGCUCCCGGGCCGCGCCGGGCUGAGGCCGCGCCGCCUCCCGCGCCUCCUCCCGCGCCUCCCUAGCACGCGGAUGCCGGGGGCGCCUCCGGGGGAAGCUCCGGGCGGCGCGUUAGCCGGAUGCUAAACUACCGGCGGACUGCAGAGGAGAGGGGUCCCGUCUUCUCCUGAUGCUUAAAAAAAAACAAAACAGCAACAAAAAAAAAGUAGAGCAAUUUCUGCUGCGAGCCCAGGACGGUCAAGCCGCCCGAGAUAGCUUCAAGAUAUCCCCCAGGGGCGGAGGAGGAGGCGAUGGGCUGGAUUUAGUAGGACAACUCGGUUACUAAUGACUCCGUGGCUGGCUGCGACCCGCCGGGAAAUCAGGUGCAAGCAUGUUUGCCUGUAGGUACCUGAGCUGACCCCGACGGCGCCUAAAGAUGCUGAGCGGCGUCUGGUUCCUCAGCGUGUUAACCGUGGCCGGGAUCUUAGAGACGGAGAGUCGCAAAACUGCCAAAGACAUUUGCAAGAUCCGCUGCCUGUGCGAAGAGAAGGAGAACGUCCUGAAUAUUAACUGCGAAAACAAAGGAUUUACAACGGUCAGCCUGCUCCAGCCCCCCCAGUACCGAAUCUAUCAGCUCUUCCUCAAUGGCAACCUCCUGACCAGACUGUACCCCAACGAGUUCGUCAACUACUCCAACGCUGUGACUCUCCACCUGGGCAACAACGGGCUGCAGGAGAUCCGUACAGGGGCGUUCAGUGGGCUGAAGACCCUGAAGAGGCUGCACCUCAACAACAACAAGCUCGAGGUGCUGAGGGAGGACACCUUCCUGGGCCUAGAGAGCCUGGAGUAUCUGCAGGCCGACUACAAUUACAUCAGCGCCAUCGAGGCGGGGGCCUUCAGCAAGCUGAACAAGCUCAAAGUGCUCAUCCUGAAUGACAACCUCCUUCUGUCGCUGCCCAGCAAUGUGUUCCGCUUCGUCCUGCUGACCCACCUAGACCUGCGAGGGAACCGGCUGAAACUGAUGCCUUUCGCGGGGGUCCUCGAGCACAUCGGGGGCAUCAUGGAGAUCCAGCUGGAGGAGAACCCCUGGAACUGCACAUGCGACUUACUUCCACUCAAGGCCUGGCUGGACACCAUCACCGUUUUCGUGGGGGAGAUUGUCUGUGAAACCCCUUUCCGCUUGCACGGUAAAGAUGUCACCCAGCUGACCAGGCAAGAUCUCUGCCCCAGAAAAAGUACUGGCGACUCGGCUCAGAGGGGUGGCCACGCCGACACACACAUCCCGAGGCUGUCACCUACCCUGAAUCCUGCUCUCAACCCGACCCGGGCUCCAAAAGCCAGCCGGCCACCCAAAAUGAGAAACCGUCCCACCCCCCGGGUCACAGUGUCGAAGGACAGGCAGAGCUUUGGCCCCAUCAUGGUGUACCAGACCAAGUCCCCAGUGCCCCUCACCUGCCCCAGCAGCUGUGUCUGCACCUCUCAGAGCUCCGACAACGGGCUGAACGUCAACUGCCAAGAACGGAAGUUCACCAACAUCUCCGACCUGCAGCCCAAACCCACCAGUCCAAAGAAACUCUACCUGACAGGGAACUAUCUUCAAAUGGUCUAUAAGAACGACCUCUUAGAAUACAGUUCUUUGGAUUUGCUGCAUCUAGGCAACAAUAGGAUUGCAGUCAUUCAGGAAGGUGCCUUCACAAACCUGACCAGUUUACGCAGACUUUAUCUAAAUGGCAAUUACCUUGAAGUGCUGUUUCCGGCUAUGUUUGAUGGGCUGCAGAGCUUGCAGUAUCUCUAUUUAGAGUAUAAUGUCAUUAAGGAAAUUAAGCCGCUGACCUUUGAUGCUUUGAUUAACCUACAGCUGCUGUUUCUGAAUAACAACCUGCUACGGUCCCUGCCUGAUAACAUAUUUGGGGGCACGGCCCUCACCAGGCUGAAUCUGAGAAACAACCAUUUUUCUCACCUGCCAGUGAAAGGAGUUCUAGAUCAGCUUCCGGCUUUUAUCCAGAUUGAUCUCCAAGAGAACCCCUGGGACUGCACCUGUGACAUCAUGGGACUGAAGGAUUGGACAGAGCAUGCCAAUUCCCCUGUCAUCAUCAACGAGGUGACCUGUGAAUCUCCCGCGAAACACGCCGGGGAGAUCCUGAAGUUUCUGGGGAGGGAGGCAAUCUGUCCAGAUGGUCCGAACUUGUCAGACGGAACCGUUUUGUCAAUGAAUCACAACACAGACACACCUCGCUCGCUCAGUGUGUCUCCCAGUUCCUACCCUGAACUGCACACUGAAGUUCCACUUUCCGUCUUGAUUUUAGGAUUGCUGGUUGUCUUUAUCUUAUCUGUCUGUUUUGGCGCUGGCUUAUUUGUCUUUGUCCUGAAACGCCGGAAGCGGGUACCCAGUGUUCCCAGGAGUGCUAACAACUUAGAUGUAAGUUCCUUCCAGUUACAGUACGGCUCUUACAACACUGAGACCCAGGAUAAAGCAGACGGCCACGUCUAUAACUACAUCCCUCCACCUGUGGGCCAGAUGUGCCAAAACCCCAUCUACAUGCAGAAGGAAGGAGACCCGGUGGCCUAUUACCGAAACCUGCAAGAAUUCAGUUACAGCAACCUGGAGGAGAAGAAAGAAGAGCCAGCCACACUUGCUUACACUAUCAGUGCCACAGAGCUUCUGGAAAAGCAGGCCCCGAGAGAGCCCGAGCUGCUGUAUCAGAAUAUCGCUGAGCGGGUCAAGGAGCUGCCCAGUGCGGGACUUGUCCACUAUAACUUUUGUACCUUACCUAAAAGGCAGUUCACCCCUUCCUAUGAAUCUCGACGCCAAAACCAAGACAGAAUCAAUAAAACCGUUUUAUAUGGAACUCCUAGGAAAUGCUUUGUGGGGCAGUCCAAAGCAGACCACCCUUUACUGCAAGCUAAGCCGCAAUCAGAACCAGACUACCUCGAAGUUCUGGAAAAACAAACUGCAAUCAGUCAGCUGUGAAAGGAAAUCAUUGACAACCCUCUGGCAUCAAAGGAUGCUGCUCCAAACUCUUGGAGGCUGGGCGUUUGCUUUUGUGUGUGUCUGUUCUCCCUUUCUCAGCCUCAGUGGGGGACUUUGAAGAUGUUUGGGGGAUGGGGUGAAGCAAUGAUACUGCUUUUUCAAGUUUUCCUUUAAAUUAUUUCUCUCUUGCUCUCCUCCCUCCCCCACCUUCCCCCCACUUCUCUCCUUAGGAAUCAUCAUUGAACAUGAAUGUUUCUACAGUGCAUUUUUUCAUAUACUUUAUGGUUGUGUUUCCUUUUUCUUCUUUUAUUUUUCCAGUGUGGGAAUGGGAAGAGGAGAUUAUAGUGAAUGAAGAAACAGUAAGCAAACUUUUAAAAUGAAAAUGGAUAUUUAGUGUAUUUUGUAGAAGAUCUCCAAAGAUCUUUUGAGACUAUAAAUUCUUUUGUAAAUAGCGAUAUAUGGUAUUUCGAACUUCAGUUACCAAGCAUAGCCACUGGGCAUCACUUCUUCAUGUUAAAGUGCCUUUGCACUUUAAGUACAUUACUUAAAUGUUGCUUUUAGCUUUGAUAAAUUGAACAUAUUUUAAUGUGUUGUAUUUUUGAAAUUAAAAACACUGUAAAAUAGAUUGAAAUGUCAGCUAUAUUAAGUCAACGUACAGUUUGCUUGAGUUAUAGAAACCAGCUUGUCAUCAAAUGAUUCUAGUUCUAGGACUUUAUAGAUUUAACUGUAAAAUGUUUCCUUUCCUUUGGGUUUGUUCUAAAUGAUUUUAUUUAAGUCAACUAAGGGGAUUUAACAGUGGACUAGAGGUAAUAAACCACCUCAGUUGGGAUUAGUAAUUCAUUAAUAAAAUAUAUUUAACCCAAUAUCAGAGUGAAUUGAACAAUUAAUGCCCUUCCGUAAAUCAUUAUUUUACACUAACGUGGUCAGUGUUUUAGAUUAUUUUCCUAAUUAAAGAGUACAUUACACAACUUGUAAUAUAUUUUUCCUGCAUUAAAUUAGAUAUUUUUAUAUUUAAAUGAAAGAGUCUGUAUUUCUAACUUUUUAAUUGAAAUUAAUAUUUUUUCUGCCUAUUGAAACAUUUUCUAUAAACACACACCAGUAGAGGCCGCCACACACCUCAUUUAAUAAAGACAUACGAGCCAUUAAAUGCCUUGAAGGAAGACUUCAAAGGUGAGAUUUAAACGUCCCAAGUAAGUUCUCUGCAAAUUCAAGGCAACAGAGACAAAUCUAUACGUUACUUGCUAUUUCUUUUAGGAUUAAAGGUUAGACUCAGAAUCCAUCUCAAUUUUCCCAUUUUCAGAGAAAGCAGUGUUUUCCUCUUGAGUUUAUGGAAGCGUUAACAGGGAGCUAUCAAAUGAUGUACCCUGUGUGUCUCCAACGCAAUUAAUAAAUGCCUAAAUGGAGAAAGUAGCCAUCUUUUCUUCCCCUGCCUUCUUCAGGCAAGUGUUGCUUGAAUUUUUCCUUGGCUUGACCAAGCUUUUCGUUUUGGUGUUAGAAUUAAAAUGAUUUGAAUUAACCAAGUCUACAUAACAUUUAUGAAGCCUUAUUAGCCUGUAAAUAAUUUUUAGAUGCAAAUAUUAUUGUGUGAUUUAAACAAACAGCCCUUCUUUACAACAAAAAAUAGUUUUGUUUUGUCUAUUGUAAAUCCUUAUGCAACUGGGGUGGUGAUCUGCAUAUAAAGUAGUCCAGCUUUUCAGUUCCUUAUUAAAGCAAUUGAUGGCAUCUGAAAGAAGCACACUGUUUCCUUUUCAUAAAUAGGUUACUGCACAUAAUAAUCCUUUAUUAUCAUGUGGAGAUUGAAGUGGAUCCUGAUGACUUACUUUUAAAGCUUUAAAAUGACUAAUAGUUUAUUGUCUGUCACUAUAAACAAUUCAUGUGAUAGGCUUUCAAUUAGAAAUUACUUAAAUCCAAAUUAUUUGGAUUAAUAGCUACUGGUGCAAAAUCGUUUUUUUUAACAAUAGAAGGUAAUUGUGUAUAUAUAAAUGUAAAGGGCAUUCAGGAAAGUAAAUGCCUUUAAUACCCUAAAAUCUCUGAACAUCUACAGUGACAAGCUUACGUGUUCAUUCUUUGAUUAGAGAUCAUAAUUCUUAUUUAAAUCCAUUAGAUUGACGUUUAAAAUGGUGGGCUGAAAUGAUCUACAGGAAGGUUAAUGUCCAGAGAUUUUACAUUUCAUAGAAGAGCAGCAAGAGUGAUAUGCCAGUUGAACUUGGAGAUAGCUCCCGGAAACCAUCUCCUCUUAUAUAUGUAAGAAUUACAAAAGGACUGUCAGGUCUGCUCUCAUUUGGUGCAAUGAUAAAUACAGAACACUGAGGUAGGUAUUUGAGGGAAUGAUUAUGAAGGCAAAUUAAUAUCCAUCUUCUAUUAAGAGAGUUUUUUGGUUUAAACUGUAUGCCUAGAACCACUGAUAUGGUGAUUCCACUUCAAUGUUCGUAUUCUCCUGAAAAUAAAGUCAUUCCUGUAAAAUACUAGUCUCUAUAGAAAAACUAAUUCAUUCAUUUUAAGCAGAGAUUGCUUACUAUUCAUUUAGUUACAUGAUUUUAGAGCGGCCUCCUGGAAGAACUCAGAUUCAUAAACUCUUUUGCUUAAUAACUAUGGUUUAAUUUUAAAUUCUCAUGCUUCUUAGAUGUGUACUUUAUUUUGUUUUAGGUUUUAAGAUGAAAUUGUUUGAAUGUGGUCCAGACUAUUUCAUUUAAAGGCAUAAAACACCAUAUACUGUGAAGCUUUAUUUUUUUAAUGCAAUCACAAACACUUUAUGUUUUUUAACUUAUUAGCAUCCCCACUGAUUGUAUUGUUUUGCUUUAUCCAUUCAAGUGCUUUAAAACAUAUUUUAUUUUAGGAUUUUUAUUUUUAUCUCCUACAGCUGGAUUUUGCUAUUUCACUUUUAUUUCACAUGCAGCUUGUAAUGGGUAUGAGCACAAGCACAGUGAAAUGGUUCCAGCCAGCAGAAUGCGAUCUCCCCUGGCCCUGCCUGAAACAGAUCUGUAUAUCUGGCAAAUGGUAAUUCCCUCUGAUUCUAGCUCUUAAUUAGUUCCUUCUGCUGUUUCUGAAUAUACCUGUGUCUAAGUUUGUAUCAAAACUCUCAAAAGCACCACUUCUCAGUCUGGACACAAUUGCCAAAAGUCUAAUUCGCUUCUGGACUUUGGUCAACCUGUGUGCCUUGUUACUUCCCUCCAGCAGUUGGUGAGUAAGGAAAUGACCCUUCAGUUUCCUCUGCUUUAUCCUCUGGCCUCUAAGGUGAUUUAAUUUUUCUAAAUAUUUUCAUUUCAUCAAGGGCUCUAUAUUCUAUGGAUUUUACAAAAAGGGUCUAAUGAAAAAGAGGGACAUUCUGUGAUUUCUCAGACUCUGGAAAUUCAUUUUGGCUGUACACAUUUCAGAAACAUAACUGGAUUGGAAGCUAGACUGAAGGAAGUCUUCUAGACAAUUCUCCUAAUCCAGUCAUUUCUUCAUUCAUUCACUAAGUAAUUGAGUGCUUGCUUCCUAGGGGCCAGGCUUUGUGCUGUGUGCUAAGAGGGUGAAGAGAUACAGUAGUCAGGAUCUCUGUCCACCCGCUCACCCCCACACCCUGCAGAGAGCUUAGUACUAAAAAAAGGAGAACCUUAUCUGAAUGACCAUCACCUGAAAAAACAGUGGGGACAGCAGUGAAAUGCAGGAAGUUGAGUUUUUGAAGAUGAUUUUGUGCAAUGAAGUAUAACACUGACACAUCAUGUGCUAGCUACUGUGUAACCACCAUUAACAUCAUUUUAGAGUUACACAGUUAAACAGGGAGAACACCCACAAAAAUAAAAACAAAUUUCUGCAGAACAGGGCCCAAUAUUAUGGCCUGAAAAUAGCUAUAUACUUCUGCUAUCUAAAGAUGUACAUUAUAAAGAUGAAUCCCCAAAUUGUAAAUACAAAAAAUCACAAACAUACUUAUAAUUUUGGAAUAUCCAUGUUUUAAAGGCAGUAUUGACUUUCUAUUGCAGUGGCUUAAAAUAUAACAUCUUGGCUUAAGUGUCUUUUACAAAGACAAUAAGACACCUAAAUCCUGAGAGAAAAUUAAGUACUGUAUAUAGGUGUACUUUGCUUCCCACAAUGGUUGUGCAAAAAGUCACAUAUAAAUUAAAGUUUUAUAAGUUAAAUUGUAUUUUAAAAGCAUUAGGAGAGCUGCCAUUUAGAGGAAACUUGUGAAUCAAUCUUUUUAUAAGGCAGAAAACCAUUUUAUAAUACAAAUAAUCUGUCUAAUUUAUCUUUUUUGUAUGUUUGGAGUUUCAAUAUCGACUUUGCUUAAAACACAGCCCACCUGCAUAAUAAGAGUGUGUUUUUCCAGUGCUGCUUGUGCUACCAGUUUCUUGGUUGCUAAGGGCUUAUACUUGAAAAUCCGCUGCAGUUUUGUGUGACUGGAGCUAUGAAGCGAUUCUCUGAGGGCGCAGUAGCAUUCCUGAACAGUCCGAGUAGCCAACCCAUUUCAAUUCCAUUGACCACAGGACUUUUCUGCUCCGCAGCAUCUUCUCUGUCAGACAUGGCCAUGAUUCAUUAGAUGGUAGAGUGACUCCUGUAUUCACAUCCUAUAAAGUGCUUAGAGUCACAGGUUUUAUAAUAAAUAUAUGUGACCAUGUAAACAUAUUAAACUGCAUGUGUGUUGUAAUUUUUUAGCAGUAUUUUAGCUUGAAAGUACUUGUACAAAUACUGUUAGAUUUAGUUGCAAAUAGUUGUUCUCAAAUUACUGGAAUAAAUGGAAAAUGAAAUGCA